UGUUGUCUUCUACUUUUUCCAAUUUCUCUGAAAAGGUUACGGAGAAAAAAGGGUUGAACAAUGGCGGCAGUUCAACAGCAGCAAGCGAUGCAGAAGAACACGUUGUAUGUAGGAGGUUUAGCUGAUGAGGUUAACGAAUCGAUACUUCACGCUGCGUUUAUACCUUUCGGUGAUAUCAAAGACGUGAAGACGCCUUUGGAUCAGGCGAAUCAGAAACAUAGAUCCUUCGGAUUCGUUACUUUUCUUGAGAGAGAAGACGCUUCUGCUGCCAUGGAUAAUAUGGAUGGAGCUGAGCUUUAUGGUCGUGUUCUCACUGUUAAUUAUGCUCUUCCUGAGAAAAUCAAAGGUGGUGAACAGGGUUGGGCUGCACAUCCACUUUGGGCAGAUGCAGACACAUGGUUUGAGAGGCAGCAACAGGAAAAGGAAAUGCUGAAGAUCCAAGCUGAGAAUAAGGCUGCCAUGGAGACUGCUGAGGAACUUCACAGGAAGAAAUUAGCGCAAGACCGACAAGGGGAGAUGGAAGAAGAUACAGAUGUCAAAGACGAUCCUAUGGCUAGAGCCGAGGCUGAUGCUCUAAGCAAUGACAAUGCUUAAUGAAAGUAAGCAUUACCGGAUUCUCUAAUGCACCUUGCCCUGUAGGAUAAGAUGUGUGUUUUCGCCUGAGUGUGUCACACUAUCACCUCAUAGAGUUUUGAGGUUAGAUUGUUUCUCGCUGAACAUGUGAUUGUUAUAGUUAAUAGAUUUUGUAGUUCUGAGAAACUUGCUUCUUUAGAAAAGUAAAAAAAAAGACAACCAUUUUUCUAAA